AUGUUUGAACCAAUUCGGGGAGGAACUCGAGGAGGCCAGGCAGAAUUCAAAUGGACCGAUGUCUCUGCAGACAAAGACAGAGAGAACUAUCUGGGUCACAGUAUUAAUGCCCCGACCGGGAGAUGGCAGAAGAACAAAGAUGUUCACUGGUACAACAGAGAUAACAAGGGUGACUCUGAGAGGGAAGAAGAGAUAAGAAAGAUCAAGGAAGCAGAAGCAGAGGCCCUUGCUGCAGCACUUGGGUUUGGCUCCGCGCCGUCUGGUACCGUUCCUGUUGCAAAGGCCCCCUCAAGCGUUCUCUCAGGGCCAAAUGCCAUUGCUGUAGAUGGUGGACAGCAUGCUUCAGAGAAAGAGGAAAAGCGCCGCAAGAGAGCCGAACGGAAGGAAGAAAAGAAAGCUCGCAAAGAGGCACAUCGAGAGUCUCGCCAUACUGAUUACGAACGGCGUUCCCGUAGAGAUCGGACCCGUUCGCGCUCACCUCGACCCAGCAAAGUCGAUGAUAACGAGAGGCGUCGUUACCCGCGGCGCAGUCGUUCGCCUCCACCAGCCAGUCGUUCACCUCAUGCUACUCGACGUGUGAAGGACUAUGAUGAAAUCGCACGCGAAAGAGACCGCGGAAGAGACCGGCAGCGAUGGGACUUGAACUCAAGGGACAGGCAGAGUGCCCGUUAUGAGCGAGAUUAA